UGUUUGAAAUGCUGUAUGUUGUAUGAUCUAGUGGUGAGUUUUGUUCCUUAUACCAAACCUCCGGUGUUGUGUUACGAAAUAACAUUCUCCAUUUGUAAGAUCGAGAGUCCGUCAAGAGGGGUAACUCUUGCCAGCAGAUCAGUGCAGGCAAACGGGAAGUAAAGGAACACCCGUCGCUUUCAUUUUACAGAGGAAAUGUGGAAAUGAGCAUGAUGUGACACGCUAAUGUCACAUCUAAAUCACAAUGACUGCACUUAAGGAGACGCUGUGGUUAACACUGGAGGAUUUGAGGGACGAUGAAUUCAAGCAGUUCAAGUGGCUGAUCCACCAGGUGGAUAUUGUGCGCACAAUCAUCCCACACCAUGAUCCCUGCCCGGCCAUUCCUGUGGCCAGGCUGGAGAAGACCGACAGGCAGGACACCGUUGCUCAGAUGGUGCAGUUCUAUGACCUUCAUGGAGCUCUGGAGGUCACCAGAGGGCUUUUGAUCAAGAUCAACAGAAAUGAUCUUGUGCAGCAACUAUCAAGCAUCACUUCAAAAUCAAGAGCACCAAAACCCCCACAGCCGAUCACAUCACACCAACAAACUCUCCAGUCUAAUCUUCAGAACCGCUUCAUGUGUGUUCAGGAGGGAAUGUCAGGCACGCAGGACAAAAAGCUUCUCGUUGACAUCUACACAGAACUCUACGUCACAGAUGCCGGCAACUUGCAAAACCACAGAGUACACGAGGUCAGGCAGAUUGAGAUGGCAUCAAGAAAGACAGCUGCAACAGAGACAUCAGUCAAACCCAAUGAUAUCUUCAAACACCCGUCUGGAAAACACAUACCCAUAAGGACAGUGUUGACCACUGGGAAUGCAGGGAUUGGGAAAACAUUUCUUGUCCAAAAGUUCAUCCUUGACUGGGCUGAAGGACGAAGCAAUCAGGAUGUGCAUCUCAUAUUCCCCUUCACCUUCCGCCAGCUGAAUUUGCUGAAGGGAAAACGGUUGUGCCUCUCCAAAUUCAUCCACAAAUGUAUCUGGGAAACCAAUGAUAUCAAAGAGGACACACUGAAUUACAUUUUCGCCCAGUUACAGAGGUCAGGAAACACCAACUAUGACAAGAGUAAAUUCAAACUCCUCUUCGUGUUGGAUGGACUCGAUGAGAACCGCCUUCAGCUCGACUUCACCGCCAAAGAGAAAACAGUAAUUGAUGUCACAAAGUCAACAAAGAUAGAAGGACUGCUGGUGAACCUCAUCAGAGGGACUCUGCUCCCAUCCUCUCGUCUAUGGAUAACAACACGACCUGCCGCAGCCAACCAGAUCUCCAUGGAGUUUGUUGACAUGGUGUCAGAGGUGAGAGGGUUCACCGACCAACAGAAGGAGGACUAUUUCACCAAGAGAUUCAGCCACGAUGAGCAUGCGAGAAGAGUGAUCUCCCACAUUAAGGCAUCACAAAGUCUCCAUAUCAUGUGCCACAUUCCAGUCUUCUGCUGGAUCACCGCUACGGUGCUGGAGGACGUGUUGAAAAGCAGCGGGGAAGUGGAGCUGCCCAAGACUUUGACCGGGAUGUACACCGAAUUCCUGGCUUUUCAAAUGAGACAGACCAAAGAGAAGUACGGCACAAAGAAGACCAUACGCUACAUCCAGUCACUUGCAAAACUGGCUUUUAACCAGUUGGAGAAAGGAAAUAUAAUCUUCUAUGAGCAAGACCUAAAAGAAAGUGGAAUUGAUCUCAGUGAAGCCUCUGUGUACUCUGGAGUGUUCACGCAGAUCUUCAGAAGGGAGGGCUGGAAGAAGAAGGACAAGAGCAGGAUGUUCAGUUUCAUCCAUCUGAGCAUUCAGGAGUUUCUGGCAGCUUUUUAUGUGUGGUUAUCACUCAUUAACAACGGCAAGAAUGUGAUGGCUGAAUCCCAGUCUACUUCCAAAACUCCGUGGAUGCUUUUCUACAAAACAUCUCCAACAGAGGUCCAGAGAACUGCAAUUGACAGGGCCGUGGAGAGUUCAGGGGGACACCUGGAUUUGUUCCUCCGUUUCCUGUUGGGCCUCUCACUGCAGACAAAUCAAGACCUUCUGACAGACCUGCUUCACCAGAAAAACACAAGUCCAAGCAGUAAUCAAGAGACAAUCCAGUACAUCAAAAAGAAGAUCAAGGAGAAUCCAUCUGCAGACAGAAGCUUCAACCUGAUUUACUGUCUGUAUGAGCUCAACGAUCAUUCUCUCGUGGAGGAGAUUCAAGAGUACUUGAACUCUGGAAACAUCGCGAAAAUAUUUCUAUCUCCUGCUCAGUGGUCAGCUCUGGUCUUCAUCCUGCUGUCUUCAGACAAAAAGCCGGCUGUGUUUGACCUGAAGAAAUACUGUGCCUCAGAGCAGGGUCUCCUGAGGCUGCUGCCAGCCUUUCAAGAAUCCACGACAUACCUGCUGAGUGGCUGUAAUCUGUCAGAGAGCUUCAACGCUGUAGCUUCAGUUCUGACCUCUGAAGAGUCUAAUCUGAGAGAGCUGGACCUGAGCAGCAACAAUCCUCUUGACACCGGAGUUACAGUGCUCUUUGCUGGACUGGAGAGCCCACACUGCAGAGUCCAGUCACUCAGGUUGAGUGACUGUAACCUCACAGAGACAAGCUGUAAAACUCUGGCCUCAGUUCUCAGCUCCAGAUGCUCUACUCUGCGAGAGCUGGACCUGGGGAACAACAACUUGCAGGACGGAGGAGUGAAGCUGCUCUGCGCUGGACUAGAGAGUCUGCACUGUUCACUGGAGUCUCUCAGGCUUCAUUUGUGUAAGCUGUCGUGGGUGAGCUGUGAAGCUCUGGCCUCAGUUCUCAGCUCACAGUCAUCUUGUCUGAAACUGCUGGACCUGAGUAACAACGACCUGCUGGAUUCUGGAGUAAACGCUCUCUCUGCCGGACUGGGAUGUCCACAGUGUAGACUGGAAACUCUCAGGUUAGAAAGUCCUGAAUGUUUUUUGUUGUUUUUUUUUUUAAAAAGUGGGCAGAAACAACCUGGUGUGGCCUCUGUGUGUAGGUUGUCAGGCUGUCUGGUGACACAGGAAGGCUGCGUCUCUCUGGCCUCAGCUCUGCGCUCUAACCCCUCCUCUCUGAGAGAACUGGACCUGAGCUACAAUCAUCUAGGAGACUCUGGAGUGAUGAGCCUGUCUGCUGGAGUGGAGGACCCACAGUGGAGACUGGACACUCUGAAGGUCGACCCUAGAGUGCGCUGGUUGAAAUCCGGUCUUAAGAAAUAUGCCUGUGAACUCACGUUGGACCUGGACACAGCACACCGAGACCUCGUCCUGUCUGACGAUCACAAGGGAGUGACGAGGAGGAGAGACGAACAGCCGUACCCAGAUCACCCCGACAGGUUCUCUGGCUGGUGUGAGCUGCUGUGCAGAGAAGGUCUGACUGGUCGCUGUUACUGGGAGGUGGAGUGGAAGGGACGGGUUUGGAUUGCAGUGUCCUACAGAGGGAUCGGCCGGAGUGGGAAAGGCGUCGACUGCUGUUUCGGGUGGAAUGAGAAGUCCUGGUGUCUAGAGUGCACCGAUGACCAGUACUAUAGUUGGCAUAAUAAAAUGAUAACAAACAUACGGUUCCACCCCCUCAGCACUUCCAGGGUAGCAGUGUAUCUGGACUGGCCUGCUGGCAUGCUGUCCUUCUACAGAGUUUCCUCUGAAGCAGUCACCCACCUCCACACCUUCUAUUCCACAUUCACAGAACCCCUGUACCCAGGCUUCUGGGUCGGGUUGAACUGCUCGGUGACUUUGUGUCAGAUGGAGGACGAAGACUCACCUGAGGAGUGAGGACAGUGAUGUCGGCAACAAACUCAGACAAAAGGUUUCCUCCAAAUCCUCAUCCUGGUGCAAACAGCCUCUGUUCGUGUCUGUUUGUAUUUACUGUGAAAGAAAGGCAGAAUUUAUUGAAUUUUUCCACUCCUGCAUGGCUUGGAUUUGGUUAUGUUGCCAUUUAAAAAUGAUAAUUGUGACAAUGAAAAUAAAAUGAUUAUAUAAAAACUUUUACUGAAUCGGCCCCAAGAAAUCUAAACAUUAUCAAAUGUGGCCCCUGGUUGGGACACCCCUGGCUUAUGGUGUCGUGGUACAUCACUGUCAGUGGUGGAGAGGGACAUUCUGAUUAAAUUAAACAUCAUUUCACUUUG